AUCACUGAACUCACUGAAUUGGUGAUGAUGGCAUAUUUAACGAGAGCGGACCAAAAAUAUCUGGAACACCUUGAGAAUGUAUUGAAUCAGCUGAACUCCCUCAUAUUUGGUUUGGAGAAGGGCGAGCGCAAUGCCGUCAAUCUAUCUUGGCUACUCAACCCAAGUCGUCUUCUUAUUUCCUACAUACUUGACUUUGACCCUCCGUAUAAACUUCCUUUCGGAGCCUGCGAUUGGUAUUUCUGGGUAGAAUCAGAAGAUAUUCUUCAAACUUUUGGAUAUAAGUUGGUAAAGCUCGCCAGUGAGAGGAGUAGGACGGAUCCUGAGAAUUCAGAGGCAGCUCCGGAGAUAUUUCAAUCCUUCUUACAGGAGAAGGUUGAGAAUAUCCGAUUAGAGAGUCUAGUUGUACAUGGAGCGGGUUGGGACGAGGAGAAGAAAUGUUUGGUUUGGAACCCAGACCUGGAGACAAGACAAGGAACCAUUGGAACCAUAUUUGGUAGACCGGGAGAUAACAGACGACAGCGGAUUCGGGAUGAUUUUGUAUCCGUCCCUGUUUACUCGUCUCAGCACGAUGGAAUACUUCUCCACGUUCCCCUCCAUAUAGGCCGAACCUCUGAUGCCAGUAGGACCCUGAGUAAAGAGUUCUGGUCCCAAAUACCUCUCUAUGCAACUAUUAAAUAGAGCUUUUAUAUCAAUAUGUACUUUCAAAUAUAUUUUUUUAAAUUUUA